AUGUUCCAUUACGGCUCAGCAAUCUGCAAGGCAAUCCCUUUGCAACCCGCCAUCAUAGUGGCUGCUACCUACAGCGCCAACGGUCGACUCCAUCAGGACACCAUCUCCGGCCCUCGCUCGACGCUUGAUACACAUGUUCUCCCUGACGAUGGAGUGUAUGUCGUCUACAAGAACCGAGCUCUCAAGAUCGCCGCCGCGCCGUGCGAGCGCAGAAUAUGCAACCACUCACAGAUUUGCAGCUGCAACGCCGACUACUACAGCAGUGCGCCCAUCAAGCAAGUCCAAUCACAGGCACGCCACACCAACAAACCAUGCAACGACUGCCUCGUCAACUGGCUUCACCUAUACGAAGCAGCCGAGCAUGUCCGCGCGCUGGGCCUGUGCUUCCUGGCCAGUCCCCAGACUCUCACCUGGACCAACUCGUUCGGCUACCAUGAAUUCCGGUACGAUCUCGACUUGGAAGAGCAACGAGGCCCAUUCAGCUGCAAAAACUCAUCUGCACUCGGAACAUCCAAAGACUGCUCGCACGCUCUACUCGACUGGAUGCAAGACGCCUGGAAGACCUUCAUAGUUUCCGGCAACCACAAACACGCCAACGUCGUGGCCCUCUCAGACGACGAAGACGAAUCUGAAGAGGACUCGGCCUCGGCCUCCGACUCCGACUGGGACGAUGUCGACGUCCCUGUCCAAGCUAACGAAUCUCAACUCUGGGAAGAGGACAUCGACUUCAUCGACGACCUCAUUGAGGAAGAAUUCCCGAAGCUUAAGAAAACACACUUCAACUCCGCGUGCACCGUCUCUAGAGACGAAGGUCACACAUCGACACAGAGUGACGACGAAACUGAAGACGACGAUCCCGUGCCUGUUAUCAUUCCACCAAAGAACAUGGUCAUCGGUCGAGGACUCAUGCUAUCGACAUGA